GUAUAAAAAUGAAUUAUCAUAUUGCAUUUAUGCUUGCUUAUCUGAAAAACAAAAAGAAGAUAUACUUUUAUUGCUAAUUAACAAUAUUGAAAACUUGUUACCUUCAAGUAAUUUAAAUAAUUUAAAAACUUUGAAUAACUCAAAAGUCUUAAAUAAAUUAGAAAACUCAAGUGAAUUGGAAGCCUCAAAUAAAUCAGAAGCCUCAAAUGAAUCAGAAGCCUCAAAUACUACAAAAGUUUCAA